CCCACAGACACAGCUCAGCCCGCACCUGCACCCUGUGCACUAGCCGCUCCAUCUACAUGCCGGCCCGGUACGCCUGCAGCACCGCACGCGCCUCGCCCGUCCCAAGACGGCAGGUCCAUGCUCGCCGCGUGCUGCGUGCGGCAGGUCUGCUUGCUCGCAAGACACCGCACUGGGCCGUCGCAUGCUGCAGCGUGGCCGGCUGAGGCAGGUGCAGACCUUCUGCAUUGGGCACACCUGCUCGUCAAGCGUCUCGCCGGAGCGCUGGGCCAUGCACGAUGCGACAAUGCGGAUCGCUACGCCCACGUGCGUGGGACGCGUGACCUCCGGCAGGCCGGCACGCCUUCGAGCUCCUCCGGAAUGGAGGCUGAGGCGUCUGGCUCAGCGCCGUCGCAAAGAUUCAUGCUGGUAAUCCCACUUCAAGUCGAGUGCUCCUCGCGCGUGCGGACCCCGCAAUGGCAGUUCUUGCUGGAGCGUGGGCGCAUGCGCGUCAGGGCCGCCCUGCCAAGAAACGGGCGGCGCGGAGGCCGCGCGGCGCGGAGGCCGCGCGGCGCGAGAUGCACUCUGGAGACACUGACUCUCGCAGAGACCAUCUCAGCCUGCACGCCAGGCCUCCGCACUAGGCACAAGUGUCGUUGCGCAACGACGGCAAUGGCAGAUGGCAGCGCCCACACGGCGUUGAGCGAGAGGAGGAUGGACCGCCGGCGCGGCGCGUCUGCAAGGGGCCGUGCCUCCGCACGCGCCGCGCCAGCCGGCGGCGGUGCGGCGAUGAUGAUGCGUCCAGCGGAGGCGCAAGCAGCAGCAGAAGCAGCGCUCGGUCCUCUCCUCCUCUCCUGGAGAACGCAGCAGCCUUCUUGACGCAAGCCUCAAACACCUUCGUAUCGAUGAACGCACGGCACCUGCGCUCCCAGAAGUCGGAAGGCAGGCGGAAGCAAGCGCGGAGCAUGUGGUGGAUUAGGCUAGAACAGCUAGCAAUGAGCGACACAGCCGCAAGGCCGACCAGCGGCGUGCGACAACUUCUCAGCGUGCAAGGUGGGAUGCUGGUGCUGCGCAGCAAGGUGCUUCGAAUGUAAAGCCCGAGGCAAGCGUCCCGAGAUCGUGCGGGCUAUCAGAGAGCAGCAGCAAGCACCAGGCCGG